AUGGAGCGGUUCCUGGCCCAGUUGUGCGGCACCAGCGCGUUGCAGCCGCUCCCUGUGUGGGAGGGGGACACCACCGGCCACUGCUUCACCCAGCUGGUGCUCAGCGCCCUGCCCCACGCGCUCCUCGCUGUGCUCAGUGCCUGCCACUGGGGCAACCCGAGGAAUCCAGGUUACAUCCCGCGCUGCAGUCCUGGCUGGCGGGUCCGACUUGCAUCCUCCUUCCUGCUCUCCAUUUUUCCACUGCUAGACCUCUUUCCAGUCGUUUUGCCACCACGGGCAGGCCCAGGGCCCAUAGGUCUAGAGGUGCUGGCCGGGGGCGUGGCAGCUGUGGCCUGGAUCAGCCACAGCCUGGCCCUGUGGGUGUUGGCUCACUCCCCUCAUGGCCGCUCCCGGGGGCCCUUGGCCUUGACUCUGACUGCCUUCCUGCCAGCCCCAGCCCUAGUGCUGACCCUGCUAUGGCACUGCCAGCGAGGCACACUUCUGCCUCCACUUCUCCCAGGGCCCCUCUCCCGCCUAUGCCUUCUCAUCCUGCAGCUGGCUGCACUCUUGGCCUAUGGACUGGGCUGGGCAGUCCCUGGGCGGCCACAGGAACCCUGGGCCCAGGAGCCCCUUCUUUACGAGGGACAGGAACCCGAGGUAGCUGAAGAUGGGGAGAGCUGGCUAUCACGCUUUUCCUAUGCCUGGCUGGCACCAUUGCUGGCCCGUGGGGCCCGUGGAGAGCUCCAGCAGCCCCAGGACACUUGCCGCCUCCCCGACAGGCUGCACCCAACCUACCUAGCCCGUGUCUUCCAAGCACAAUGGCAGGAGGGGACCCGAAUGUGGAGGGCCCUGUAUGGGGCCUUGGGGCAGCGCUACCUGGCACUUGGACUGCUGAAGCUGGUGGGGACCAUGCUGGGAUUCUCAGGACCCUUGCUACUGUCCCUACUAGUGGGCUUCCUGGAGGAGGGGCAGGAGCCACUAAGCAAUGGCCUGCUCUAUGCCCUGGGGCUGGCCGGUGGGGCCGUUCUGGGCGCUGUGCUGCAGAAUCAGUAUGGGUAUGAGGUGCGGAAGGUGACACUUCAGGCACGGGGGGCUGUGCUGAACAUCCUGUACCGAAAGGCUUUACAGCUGGGGCCCAGACGCCCUCCCACUGGGGAGAUCCUGAACCUACUAGGCACCGACUCUGAGCGGCUGCUCAACUUUGCUGGGAGCUUCCACGAGGCCUGGGGCCUGCCCCUGCAGCUGGUCAUUACCCUCUACCUGCUGCACCAGCAGGUGGAUGUGGCCUUCGUGGGUGGUCUCAUCCUGGCGCUGCUGCUGGUUCCCAUCAACAAAGUGAUUGCCACGCGAAUCAUGGCCAGCAACCAGGAGAUGCUACAGCACAAGGAUGCGCGGGUUAAGCUCGUGACAGAGCUGCUGAGUGGCAUUCGUGUCAUCAAGUUCUUCGGGUGGGAGCAGGCGCUGAGGGCCCGUGUAGAGGCCUGCCGAGCUCGAGAGCUGGGGCGACUCUGGGUCAUCAAGUACCUGGAUGCAGCCUGUGUGUACCUGUGGGCUGCCCUGCCAGUCGUCAUCUCCAUCGUCAUCUUCAUCACCUAUGUCCUCAUGGGGCACCAGCUCACUGCCACCAAGGUGUUCACGGCCCUGGCACUGGUGCACAUGCUUAUUCUACCCCUCAACAACUUCCCUUGGGUGAUCAAUGGCCUCCUGGAGGCCAAAGUGUCCCUGGACCGGAUCCAGCGUUUCCUCGACCUUCCCAACCACAACCCCCAGGCCUGCUACAGCCCAGAUCCUCCGACAGAGCCAUCUACAGCCUUGGAGCUACAUGAAGCCCUCUUCUCCUGGGACCCAGUUGGAACCAGCCAGGACACCUUCAUCAGUCAUCUCGAAGUGAAGAAGGGUAUGCUGGUGGGCAUCGUGGGGAAGGUGGGCUGCGGGAAGAGCUCACUGCUGGCUGCCAUCGCGGGAGAGCUGCACAGGCUGCGGGGGCGGGUGGCAGUGUGGGGGCUGUCCAGAGGCUUCGGCCUGGCCACCCAGGAACCCUGGAUCCAGUUUGCCACCAUCCGAGACAACAUCCUCUUUGGGAAGAUGUUUGAUGCCCAGCUGUACAAGGAAGUGCUGGAAGCCUGUGCCCUCAACGAUGACCUCAGCAUCCUGCCUGCUGGGGACCAGACAGAGGUGGGGGAGAAGGGUGUGACCCUCAGCGGAGGACAGCGGGCCCGGAUUGCCCUUGCUCGUGCCGUGUACCAGGAGAAGGAGCUCUAUCUCCUCGAUGACCCUCUGGCCGCCGUGGAUGCGGACGUGGCCAACCACCUGCUGCACAGGUGCAUCCUGGGAGUGUUGAGCCACACCACGCGGCUGCUGUGCACCCACCGCACCGAGUACCUGGAGAGGGCUGACGUGGUGCUGCUGAUGGAGGCUGGGCGCCUCAUCCAAGCUGGGCCCCCUUCUGAGAUCCUACCAUUGGUACAAGCUGCCCCCAAAACCUGGGCUGAGGAUGGACAAGAGUCUGACCCAGUCACAGCCCAAUCAGUACAGAACCCAGAGAAAACAAAGGAGGGCCUGGAGGUGGAGGAGAGCACGUCUGGCCGCCUGCUGCAGGAAGAAAGCAAGAAGGAGGGCGCCGUGGCCUUCCACGUGUACCGUGCAUACUGGAGGGCCGUGGGCUGGGGCCUGGCCCUCGCCAUCCUCUUCUCUCUGCUCCUCAUGCAAGCAACCAGGAAUUCGGCUGACUGGUGGCUCGCCCACUGGAUCGCUCAGCUGAAGGCAGCCAAGAAUAGCUCCCAGGAGGCGCCAGCUCCCACCAGCCUGGGCUCCGCAGGGCCACUGUCUGCCCAGUUGCUCCUCUUCUUCCCCGGAAGCCUCUACACCUCAGUGUUCCCACUGCCCAAAGCUGCCCCCAAUGGCUCCUCAGACAUCCGCUUUUACCUCACCGUGUAUGCGACCAUUGCUGGCGUCAACUCCCUCUGCACCCUUCUCCGGGCAGUGCUCUUUGCAGCGGGCACCCUCCGAGCAGCCGCCACCCUGCACCGCCGCCUGCUGAGUCGAGUCCUCAUGGCACCGGUGACUUUCUUCGACUCCACGCCCACGGGCCGGGUCCUCAACCGCUUUUCCUCCGACGUGGCCUGUGCGGAUGACAGCCUGCCCUUCAUCCUCAACAUCCUCCUGGCCAACGCAGCAGGCCUGCUGGGCCUCCUGGCUGUGCUGGGCUCUGGCCUGCCCUGGCUGCUGCUGCUGCUGCCGCCUUUGAGCCUCAUCCACUACCGCAUGCAGCGCCACUACAGGGCCUCCUCGAGGGAGCUGCGGCGCCUGGGCAGCCUCACCCUCUCUCCUCUCUACACCCACCUGGCCGACACCUUGGCGGGCCUCCCUGUGCUCCGGGCCACUGGGACCACCUACAGGUUUGAGGAGGAGAACCAGAGACUCCUGGAGCUAAACCAGAGGUGCCAGUUCGCUGCCAGCGCCACGAUGCAGUGGCUGGACAUUCGGCUACAGUUAAUGGGGGCUGCAGUGGUCAGCGCCAUCGCAGGCAUUGCCCUGGUGCAGCACCAGCAGGGCCUCGCCAACCCAGGACUCGUGGGCCUGUCACUGUCCUACGCCCUGUCCCUGACGGGCCUGCUCUCCGGCUUGGUGAGCAGCUUCACACAGACAGAAGCCAUGAUGGUGAGCGUCGAGCGGCUGGAGGAAUACUCCUGUGACCUGCCCCAGGAGCCCCAGGGCCAGCGGCCGCAGCUGGGCAUUGGCUGGCUGAGCCAGGGGAGCGUGGAGUUCCAGGAUGUGGUGUUGGUGUACCGGCCAGGGCUGCCCAAUGCCCUGGAUGGGGUGACCUUCUACGUGCAGCCUGGAGAGAAGCUGGGCAUCGUGGGCCGCACGGGCUCUGGCAAGUCUUCCCUGUUGUUGGUGCUCUUUCGGCUGCUAGAGCCCAGUUCUGGGCGAGUGCUGCUGGACGGCGUGGACACCAGCCAGCUGGAGCUGGCCGAGCUCAGAUCCCAGCUGGCAAUCAUCCCCCAGGAGCCCUUUUUGUUCAGUGGAACUGUUCGGGAAAACCUGGACCCCCGGGGUCUGUACGAGGACAGGGCCCUGUGGCAGGCCCUGGAGCAGUGCCACCUGAGUGAGGUGAUCAUAUCUCUGGGUGGUCUGGAUGGUGAGCUGGGCGAGGGGGGCCGGAGCUUGUCUCUGGGGCAGAGGCAGCUGCUGUGUCUGGCCAGGGCUCUCCUCACAGAUGCCAAGAUCUUGUGUAUCGAUGAGGCCACAGCAAGCGUGGACCAGAAGACAGACCAGCUGCUCCAGCAGACCAUCUGUAAACGCUUUGCCAGCAAGACAGUGCUGACCAUCGCCCACAGGCUCAACACGAUCCUGAACUCAGACCGGGUGCUGGUUCUGCAAGCCGGGAGGGUGGCGGAGCUGGACUCCCCCGCCGUCCUGCGCAGCCAGCCCCACUCGCUGUUCCAGCAGCUGCUGUAGAGCAGCCGGCAGGGAGCCCGCUCCCCUCCCUGAGGGCCCCGAGUCCCCGCGCCACAGGGCCUUCCUCUGUCCUACCCACUGCUGCCUGGCACAGGGGGGCCUGCCGCCUGUUUACACCCUUCUGUGGCUCUACCUCUCUCUCACCUCCGCAGAGGGGAAAAGGGUACCCUGGGUUCCUCUUUACAAACCACUCCUUCUCGGGGGCAGAGUCCCGCGGCUUCCCCAGAAGCAGGCCUCUGCUCUGGCCCUCUUGCAUCUGGGACUCCAGGCGGAUUUUUUCUGACAAAGGAGCCCACAUGCACUUCCAUAGUUUUAUUUGAUAAAGUUCCAUCUUACACUCUGUAUUAAAAAAAUAAUAUUUCUGGCGUGA